AUGGCAAUCAAAGGCCUUUCAGAGGAACAAAAAGCUGCUUUGGCGGAAAUAGUCUCUUCGGAAACUUUAUUCGAUAUUGAAGAAUACAUCAGACCCCAAUUUCCGCCCAAAAGAGCAAGCAAUGAAUUGAAAAAAGGACAAAGCGAUUUACCAAGCAUAAACUUAUACUCUAGAAGGCGUAUCGUUCAAGAUGGACACGGAAGAUGGAGGGAGGUGAAACCUCAACUUUACUCUAGCAAUUUACAGCCGCUUUCUUCACCGGCAACUGCAAACGUGAAUAAGAAAACGACGAGGAGAGAAGAGGAGAGAAGAACUGUUGACAGCAGACUUUCUCGCCACAAGCACUCAGUCGAUGAUAGUUCACUAAAACGUUCUGGAAACUAUAACAAUCUGUCAAUGGCGUUGAGAUCUAACGUUUUCCCGGGCCUAGGCAACAAUCAGUGGCAUAGUACAACGGCUAAAGUUUUCACGGAGCAGCUGGUUACACCAUCAUCACAGAGGGAUAAGUUCUUUGGAAUUCAGACUGAUGAAUUUGGACAGUGGUCUGCAGCUAAUGUACAUCAUGAAAGAAUGAAGAAAAAGUGGGAUGCCUACCUUGAUACCUUACCUAAACAGGCAGGUAACUGUUAAUUGCCUUCUAAUUUUCUCUGAUCAAAAAGCAGAAAAAGUAAAUUGAUAACUCUAUAUACUGAGCCUGGGUUUAAGUUGCCAAACAGCUCUUUUGACUGAUGACACAAAGAAAAGUAGCUCUCUAGAGAGAGCACAUGUUUACAGUUUUUGUUAUUUCUGUUGUGCACCUGCGAUUUUGUCGGCAUUAUGCCAACACAGAAAGAAAAGUCUUAUGGAGAUUGCUAUGUCUACUUUUGUCAAAGACAACAAAGUGUGAUUUCUUGCAUAGAAGAAAAACAUUUUUGAUGCGAAAGGUCACGCUUAUUUAUCUGACGCAUUAAGCUGCGCUUCACCUUCAUAUGUAGGGUGCUGGUGACUAGCGUGGAAAAGAAAAUGAAGUGUGACUUCUUGCAUCAAGAAAAAUAAUCCUUUUAAGGCAACAGAUCACACUUAUUAUCAAGCUUGCUGAUGCUCACAAUUACCCCUUUUUUGCAAAAAAAGAUCUUUUGACUGGAAAAAAAUUAAAUUCAUUUGAUAAAUUGACAAGCAGCAACUAGAGCAUAAUAGACUCUCCUAUGUUUGCAAACUAUUUUGUAUCUGGCCUUCAGAAUUAUCGCUUUUCUUACUUGCCGACAUUAUGGACACAACCUGUCUGCAUAGUGUCACAGUUUCUAUGGAAACUGUAAACACAACAACUGCCUAGAAGACUUUGUUCACGGUUGCACUACAGCCACAACAUGGUGAUGUGUUCAGACACUGGUUACCUGGUAUUGUAUUUUGUACAGCUUUGCUCCACUUCACUCUAGCAGAUGACACUGGAUUUUUCUAGUCUUCAAUUAAAAAAAUUAUUUUUAUCACACAAGUUUUUAAUAUGUUUAUUAGCCGAAAAGAAAUUUUAUCCCGCAAUAAUCAAUUGAACGUUUUCCAUAAUUCAUUACUGCAAUGCUCUUAUUAAAAGAUUUUGAUUAAAGAUAGAUUGUAAUCGAUGAUCGGCACAUACACCACUAGGGUCUAGUUAGUGCCAAUUUGGGACCCACAUCACACUUGUACAAACUAGUGAAUAACAUUAGACCUGUAUUGUGUUGUAUUACACAAUUAUGGGCCAAUACUUAAUUUUUUCACUGAUUGAAUGGGGCUGCCAUAAUUUUUUCAUUUUAAUCCUUUUAGUAACAUUUCUUUCUACUCUAUUUUUUAAUAAAGCAGACUGGAAACCUCAAGUACCAAAAGAAGUAACUCCAAAGGUCGAGAAAUCUCCUCCUCAAGCUAAAGUCAAGAAAUCCAAUCUAAAACCAAAGCCACAGAAGAAGGAACAAAAACCUUCAAGCACUGAAAAUACAGUUAUGCCUGAGGAAAUUCCUCCUCCUCCGUCCUUGCCGCCUCCGAUUGACAUUCCUGCUGAUGAUGAUGACGACAACUUUUGGGACUUUUAUGAUAAACCUUUUAACAAACCAGCAUGAAAUAAUCAUAGCAAUUUACUGCUUAUUAGCUUAUUCAAGGAAAAAACUAUUGAUUGGCAGAAUUUAUUGUUUAGUUUCCUGAAAAUCAGUUCUAAGAGCAUCAUACAGAGAGACUGCCAAAGAGAUCAGAAGUGUACGGCCAUACCACAGGAUUGUGUCCAUAGUUUGAUUCAAUAGCAGUGCUUUUUCAGAAAGUCUAGUCAAUCUUAAUAGUCUGCAUGGCAGGAGCAUGAAGGGAAGGGAAGGGGAGAGGAAAACUGCAUGCCUGCCUCAUCUUCUUCUUCUGACACCUGCCACUCUGUAGACACUGUACUCACUGUGAGGUGGCCAUGAUAGUAUUACACCACCAAUUCAUCUGGACUGAAAAGACAGAGAUUAUUGAGAUUUUCCUUUUUUAAUACAGUGAUAUUUUAUGAGUUUAAGUUGUACAAUAUUAUAACAAAAUAUUAAUGCAAUUUUAUUUUAAUCAAAGUUCAACAAUAUUAUUAAAAGAGGUAAUGUGAAAAAUGAAAUACAUGUACUCGUGGC